UUAUGUGAAUCAGGCAAUUGGUGAAUUGGUAAGAUGGCGGCUACGGCGGUAGAGUUUCAGAGAGCACAGUCGCUGCUCAGUACGGAUCGGAACGCGUCCAUUGACAUUUUACACGCUAUCGUCAAAAGAGACGUCCAAGAUGAUGACGAAGAGGCUGUGCGUGUCAAAGAACAGAGUAUUUUGGAGCUGGGCGGACUGUUGGCCAAGACCGGACAAGCUGCUGAACUGGGAGGACUGCUGAAGUAUGUCCGGCCGUUCCUGAACUCCAUCAGCAAAGCGAAGGCUGCACGAUUGGUGCGCUCCCUGCUUGAUAUGUUCUUGGAUAUGGAGGCAGCUACCGGUCAGGAGGUGGAGCUGUGUUUGGAGUGCAUUGAAUGGGCCAAAUCAGAGAAGAGGACCUUUCUACGGCAGGCCCUGGAGGCCCGACUGGUCUCUCUUUAUUUUGACACCAAACGUUACCAAGAGGCUCUACAGCUUGGCUCUCAGCUUCUGCAAGAGCUGAAGAAGAUGGAUGAUAAAGCUCUGCUGGUGGAGCUGCAGCUGCUGGAGAGCAAGACAUAUCAUGCCCUGAGCAACUUGCCCAAGGCCAGAGCAGCUCUCACCUCCGCCAGGACCACCGCAAACGCCAUCUACUGCCCCCCAAAGCUGCAGGCUGCUCUAGACAUGCAGUCAGGAAUUAUUCAUGCUGCUGAGGAGAAGGACUGGAAGACAGCGUAUUCAUACUUUUACGAGGCGUUUGAAGGCUACGACUCUAUUGACAGUCCUCGUGCCAUCACUGCACUUAAGUACAUGCUUCUCUGCAAGAUCAUGUUGAACUCGCCAGAGGAUGUGCAGUCCCUGAUCAGCGGAAAACUUGCCCUCAGAUAUGCAGGCAGACAGACAGAAGCACUUAAAUGUGUGGCACAAGCCAGCAAGAAUAGGUCACUUGCAGAUUUUGAGAAGGCUUUAACAGAAUACAAAGCUGAGCUGCGGGACGACCCCAUCAUCAGCACUCAUCUCACCAAACUCUAUGACAAUCUGCUGGAACAAAACCUCAUUAGGGUCAUCGAGCCCUUCUCCAGAGUGCAGAUUGAACACAUUUCAGAGCUAAUAAAGCUUUCCAAGGGGGAUGUUGAAAGAAAACUCUCACAGAUGAUUUUAGACCAGAAAUUCCACGGAAUCCUUGACCAAGGGGAAGGUGUCCUGAUUGUAUUCGACGAGCCACCGGUAGACAAAACAUAUGAAGCCUCCCUCGAAACAAUUCAGAACAUGAGCAAAGUAGUGGACUCGCUCUACAACAAAGCCAAGAAGUUGACAUAGGUUGAGCAUUAGACCCUGCAGCUCAGAGCAUGGCCAGUGUGGGGGGACUCUGGGGGAAGGGGAAGGGAAAAUUAAAAAAAAAAAGGUCUAAAACCCCAAACAGACUGACUCCUGCUGUUGUCCUCUCUGGCUUACACUUGGACAUUUUUUUACCACCUUCUUCAAUGGACAAACUACUUCUAUUACUAUGGGAUCACAUUUCUUUUUUUAUUAUUUUCACUUUUUUUUUUUUUGCUGAUAAUUCAUUUCUUUGUAUCUUGGCUGUGCCUAAUGGGCCAUCAGGGAAUCUUCAAAAGAAUAAAAUAAAAACUCACCUGCAUUAUAACUCUAUUUGAAAUGUAUAUACGUAGAUCUCUGGUAGAGCAAAGCUGAUAUAAGAAUGAUUCACCUCCCUUGCAAAUCCGGGGGCUGUUGUGUUGAGUUUGCCCAUACAAGAUUCCCCAUAUUACCAAUUCAACGGUUUUAGGCCUCUCAAAAGGAAGCCCCUGGCCUCGCUCCAGGCCUACCUCUCGAACAGACAGCGUUCUUGGACUUUUUAUUGUCGAGCGGAAAGGUUUGAAUAAGCUGCUGUCAUCAGGAUGGGCUUGUGAGCUGUUGUCAUUCCUGCCCUUCCUCCUCCUCCCUCUUUGUACAUAACGUUGCCAAGCGCCUCUGUCUGGCCUGUCAUGCUGUUGCCCUUUUUUAUAACGCUAAAAAAAACAUAAUAAAGUCACCAAGAAAACAUGUUUCUGAGUGAUUUUGUAUAAUGUUUGUAAUUAAUUUUUCUUUCACAACUUAAUAUGCACAAAACUGUAAAUAACAUCUGUCAGUUUACCUGAAAAAUGUGAAUUCAGUAAUCUUUCUUCACAACCAGCUCAACAAUGAACUAGUAGGCUCUAUGCACAGCUAGAGUUUUAAAGCCAAUGAUAAACCUCCGGUGAAAGCUUAAUGUUACUAUCUUUCAAUUUCACAAGGUUGUUUUAGCAGCAUCGAUUUUUGUAAUGCAAUUACAAUACAUUUCAGCACAACAGACUUAAGCAUUCUUUUAGUUAUUUAAGCAUAAAACUAGAUGAAAGACCGUUGUAACCACUAGACCCGUCAGUAGCACGAGGCUAGCGCUAAAAAAUCCAUUGAAAAUAUUGGCAUAAAAUAAGUGGUCAUAUUUUAAAGACAUGCAGGGGGAAAUGAAAUUUAAUGCAGUGCUUCUUGUCUGAUCUGAGAUCUACUUCAUAUCGUAAAUCGUAAAAGAAGCCAUUGGGCUGCCUGGAAGCCAUUGGACUGCCUGGCUGAAAAUUAAAAGUCUGUGUGCAUAUAGCCUAUUACGGGGGUUAGGAAUGGAUUUUCUGUAGUCAAAAAACAAUUUGUUCAUUAUUUCAAUUGGAUAAUGUUCUAGUUUAGUUUAAUAUUAAGGUAAGAAUAAUUUUGAAGUCAAUACUAGUUUUAUUAGUGAAACAUUGGCAUAAAAAACUAAAUACUAACCAGAAAUUGUAAUAUGUAAUGAUCUAAUACUGUGGUUGUCAAACUUUUUCCAUCAAGUACCACCUCAGAAAAAAAUAGUCUCUCCAAGUACCACCAAAAAUGAGCAGUAUUGAAAUACAGUAGCGUAGUAUAGGCCCAGUAAAAGCAGAUACAACUCUGGCAGAUUACUUCAGAAAUAUAGGCUAUAUGGCAUAUUAUAUACAUCAUUUUUGAUAAAUUAUAAAAUGUGUGUAGCAUGUACAUGACAUUUUAUUCCUCUGCGUACCACUAGAAGGAAGCCUGCGUACCACUAGUGGUACAUGUACCACAGCUUGAGAACCACUGAUCUAUUAAUAUUGACUUUAAAAUGUAAGUGGCAUACGUAUAUAUGUAUGAUAUGAUAAAUGCAAGAUAUAAGAAAAUAAGCAAUAAGGCUAAACUAAUGAAAAUGAGUAGAAAAAAAUAUUUGGGUGGGGGUCUGCACGUUUUUCUAUAAUUUUUAAAAAAUUUAACGUGUAAUUGAUUUAAUUUGAUUGACUUAUUGCUAAUUAUUUUUUAAAAAUGUGAAUCCUAUUUAAUCAUAUUCUUAAUUUUUUGUGAUCUUUUUUUGUUUAUUCUUAAGUAUUGUGUGCUUGUUAAUAAAUAUAAAUUCUUCAAAUUAUUGUUGUAGUUUAUUGUUUAAGUGUCAUUAAUAUCACAUGAAUAUAAAUGGGUCUAAAAUAUUUGGAAAUACAUAUUCAUAUAUGAUUAUAAUAUUAAAUAUAUUUUAUUACUUUAAAAAUAUAUCAUCAUUUCAUAAAAUUUACCUAAUAAAUUAUUUUUCUUCAAAUAUUUCCGACUGGUUUUCGCAUAUUUUUAAAUUUUUAUUUAUUUAUUUAUUGCAUAACCAUCAGGAACAAACACAAAACACAAUAUAAAUUAUGGAACCUUGAAAAAAUUUAAAUAACAAUGGUAAAAAACAUUGAUAAAUAAAAAUAAAAAAUGUAAUUAAUUACACAAAGUAUAGUGUACAGCAUUUCUACAUCCAAUGAUUUUAAGAAUUGAAAGGGGAAUCAAAAAAGUGUUUUAAUAAUUGAUGCAUCUCUAAGAUUUCUUUCUUUCAACAAUUCCACAGUAGAAAUAAAGAAGUCAAACUCGAUACACAACUGUUAUUGUGGGAGAUGAUUUAGCAAAUUUCUGCUUGUGUAUGUGAAACUUUGCCAACAAAAUAAAGAGAUUAACAAUAUAUUCAAG